UCGAUCAGCGCACGUAACAUGGCAAACAUGGCCGAUCACGAAAAGUCGCAGGUACUUGAAUAUCUGAGUGGAUUUGGCAAUGAGUUUGCCUCUGAGGAUCCUAGAUGUCCAGAUGCUUUGCCACAAGGCCAGAACAACCCCAGAAGUGUGCCUAUGGCCUGUAUGCUGAGCAGCUGUCUGGAACGGCCUUCACAGCGCCGCGCGUACACAACAAGCGUACCUGGCUGUAUCGUAUACGUCCGUCGGUCAUGCACAGCCGGUUUGAGCCAACACCACAGGGCAACCUAAGCCAUAACUGGGACGAGUGGCAUCCGGACCCUAACCAGAUGAGAUGGCAUCCCUUUGCAAUUCCUGACCCUGCUUUUGCAAGCGUUGACUUUGUUGAGGGAUUGAGUACGGUGUGUGGCGCCGGUGAUUGUAGGAGUCGGAGUGGUGUUGCCUCACAUAUCUAUGCCUGUAAUGCUUCCAUGGGGGACAAGUGCUUCUACAAUUCAGAUGGAGACUUCUUGAUUGUUCCCCAGCAGGGUACAUUGACGAUUCACACUGAAUUUGGCCGGAUGGCAGUGGCUCCCAAUGAAAUAUGUGUCAUUCAGCAAGGAAUGCGAUUCAGUGUUGCCAUCACUGAGCCAUCACGCGGCUACAUCUUGGAGAUCUUCAGUGGUCACUUUGUGCUGCCUGACCUUGGGCCUAUCGGUGCUAAUGGUCUUGCCAAUCCUCGUGACUUUCUGACGCCAAAAGCCUGGUAUGAGGAUCGUCUGUGUGACUACACUGUCAUCUCCAAGUACCAAGGCAAACUCUUCGCUGCCAAGCAGGAUCACUCACCAUUUGAUGUCGUGGCCUGGCAUGGCAACUACUGCCCCUACAAGUACGACCUAGACAACUUCAUGGUCAUCAAUGCUGUGGCGUUUGACCACGCUGACCCUUCCAUUUUCACCGUGCUGACCUGCCAAUCCAACAAGCCGGGUGUUGCCGUUGCUGACUUUGUCAUCUUCCCACCGCGCUGGUCGGUUCAGGAACACACCUUCAGACCACCAUACUACCACCGCAACUGUAUGAGUGAGUUUAUGGGACUCAUCAAAGGCAGAUAUGAAGCAAAGGAGGAAGGGUUCCAGGCAGGGGGUGCCACCCUUCACAGCAUUAUGACCCCCCAUGGACCAGACGCAGCUUGCUUUGAGAAGGCCUCCAGUGAUGAGUUGAAGCCACAACACAUUGCCGAUGGCACCAUGGCAUUCAUGUUCGAGAGCUCCUUCAGCAUGGCCUUAACCAAAUGGGGCAGUCUGACGUGCCAGAAGGUGGACAAGAAAUACAACGAAUGCUGGGAGCCCCUGCAGAAACACUUCAAGCCGUCUUAAAUCAUACAGCUGAUUCGUGGUGGAGUAGUAAGGGUGUGGCUGGGCAUGGUUGGGGGGGGGGGGGCUGAUUUUACUGAUGGAGUAUUUAGGGGACUUUGGCAUGGCUGUUGGGAGAUGUGACCUAUUGUGAAAGAACAUUUAUAGAUACUACAGAAAUACAUCAUGAUGUAUGUAACUCAAUCAAUCAGAUAAUUUAUUUUUGGGUAGUAGGAGGAAUAUCUAGCAUGGUGGAGCUUUGAGCCAAAGAGAGGGAUUUUAUCAAGGAAAAAAUAUAGAUUUCCAAACCAAAGGGAACAGGUUUUUGAUUUAAGGGAUCACAAGCAGCUAAUUAAAACUGAAUCAUGUGUUUGAUUGUCUCGCUCUAUGCCACAAAAACCUGUGAGAUUUUACGAGAAUACAGCACAUCUGGGUUCCAUGUAUUAUGUCCUAUUUUUUUGCACUUAUUUUGAGUCCUGACUUGGCCUAUCCAAUCACGGGCAAUAAAUUGGUAUUUUGAAAGAAAAGAAAGCAUUUCAAUUUACAACAUAUUGAAAAUAUUUCGAAUUGAUGACUAUUGUGAAAUUAAAAUUUUUGACCAAAAGUUUGCGUUCAAUCAAUCACACAGAUUUUGUGAAUAGGGUAAAGUCAAACACGAGAGUCUAUGACUAGACUAGUCAGUGUUUGGUACCAAGACAUUCACAUAAAAAGUGAACGUGGACUGGCGAGACUUGCACGCUCUAUCGGAAAGGGAGGGGGGGGGGGGGCUUGAAAUGACCUCUAUGGGCACUUACUUUUAACCAAUGACAAGUCAUGCUGUUUAUGGAUAUGUGUACCUGGAAGCCAAAGACGGGCCUCAUAUUCAAACUGCACAAAAUGUUUGUAGCCACUUCCUGUCAAAAUGUAUUCAACGUCAUAGUGCAUGCUAUACACAAAGGAAUAUAUAAUGGCCAUACAAGCUUAACAGGAACUUGCGUUCCUCAAAUGCCAUGUUGGGUUGUUGAUACGAGAGUGUGUACCCUCCCAUCUGUGACUCCUCCCCUUUUGAAGAGUGAUACAUUUGAGCAAUAUUAAUCACGAUUUGGUUCUUCCGCCCAGAUUGUAAGCUAUUGAUAAGUUUGCUGUCA